ACUGAAAUAGGACAGUGAGGUCCAAUAUUCAGAAACCACAUUGAAAAUCUGGGAUUUGUUUUUAUAUAUAUUUGAGUUUAAGGAAGAAGAAGAAAGUUUCUGCCCUACUUCCUGGUCUCUAAUUAAAUGAAAAUGGCAGCCACACAGAAACUGUAUUAUCGGUUACCACCUCUGCCCACCAUCGGGGAGAUCAUCAAACUGUACAAUCUGAGAGCAGAGAAACAGCUUUCCCAAAACUUCCUCCUGGAUAUGAGACUCACAGAUAAGAUUGUCCGGCAGGUAGGAAACCUGAAGGAUGCACAUGUGUGUGAGGUGGGCCCUGGGCCGGGGGGUCUCACCAGGUCUAUUCUGAAAGCUGGAGCUGCAGACUUAUUAGUGGUGGAGAAGGACACACGAUUUAUCCCUAGCUUACAGCUUUUGUCAGAGGCUGCUCCUGGGAGAAUGAGGAUAGCACAUGGAGAUAUCCUUUCAUACAGACUGGACAGAGGAUUCCCAGCUGAUGUCACCAAGACAUGGGAGGAUGUACCACCUAACUUGCACAUCAUUGGGAACCUGCCCUUUAGUGUGUCCACCCCUCUCAUCGUAAAGUGGCUGGAGCAAAUGUCCAACAGAAGUGGCCCCUUUAAGUUUGGACGUACAAGGCUUACACUGACCUUCCAGAAGGAGGUGGCUGAAAGGUUAACAGCCAGUACUGGAAGCAGUCAACGCAGUCGUCUGUCUGUCAUGGCUCAAUAUCUCUGCACUGUCAAAAACUGUUUCACCAUCCCAGGACGUGCCUUUGUUCCAAAACCAGAUGUGGAUGUGGGGGUGGUGCACUUCACUCCGCUGGCUCAGCCCCAGAUCCAGCAGCCCUUCAAGCUGGUCGAGAGAAUCGUCAAGAACGUCUUCCAGUUCCGGAGGAAGCACUGCCGCAGAGGGAUCGAAAUGCUGUUCCCAGAAUCACAGCGUCAAGAAUUGACGGACGAGUUGCUGUGUGCCGCCAAUGUGGAUCCUACACUGCGGCCCACGGAGAUCUCUAUUUCUGAAUUCAGGGCUUUAGCAGACGCCUACAGCAAGCUCUGUCAGGAGAACCAGGGCCUCAUCGACUAUGACUUCAGAGAAGAACUCAGACUGAAGCAUCAGUCAAAGAGACAGUGUGGCAGCGAUAGUAAAGAGCGUCACCUUCACACCACGAUUGAGGGAAAUGUUAAUGGUGGCCACUAGCAUGAGACAGCGGACUGCUCUCAAUGGUGAAAUUUUCAUCUGGCAGAGCCAUGAAUUUUUCACAUGAUUUCUUUCUGUGCUAAAUGGAUGUAGAUGCCAGAUGCCUGUAGAAAUAUAACUGUAGCAGGACUAUGGGGGAGUGUUACACUGGUUGUAUUUUAGAGGAGAUGCUACAGCUAACAUUUUCAGCUUAAAACAUGUGAACUGUGUGAGUUUGACAUUGAAACACUCUGGGCAGGGAAGUGAAUAAAGGCUUUUCAAAAAAAGUAAUUGAAAAAUACAUCUGUGCACAAUUUUAUAUAUAUAUUCAAACAAAGAAACUGUAGGAAGUAAAACGGGAUUGUAUUGUUCUAAUAAUGGAGAAAAGAGGUGAAUGCCCAUAAAACCUGUCAAAUCCUAAAACACUAAUGGGAAUGCUUUAAUCAUGUUAUAGCUAGAGGCUGCCAACCAUCUGACAGAGAAAGAAAAUGUUUGCCAAAAUUGACAUUAUAAAAAGAACAAAAAAGAAAAUGAAUUGAAUAAAAUGUUCCUAGUCUAAAAAUAAUACCGUGUGCUUGAAAAAAGUUCGUGUCUCGCCUGCCUCUGUCUUGACGUGUUCAUAGAGAAUCAUUUCACAACGUAUUUCUUUGUAUUUAUCAAAAUCCUCUUUGCCUCUUUUUGCAGAUAAGUCAGAACAAAAAUGACACAAAAAUUAAAACCCCAACAAAACAUGAGACUCUUUAUUGCAGCUAUACCAGUUUGAUCUCUGAAGUGUCAAAUGUAUAUAAAACCUAAAAAGUUACAGUAAUCCAUGAAAAAACAUUAUGUACACAUUUGAACAAUAAUAAAAAAAAAAAAAUGCCUUGGACAACUGCAGGCUUUAUUUCAGUGGUAAAAAGCACAUUUAAAUCCAGCGUAAGACAUUAAAUUAAUUAAUUUAUGUUUAC